AUGAACGAAGACUUUGGCUUCUCCUUCGCGCAACCCUCUCAUGCACCGAAGAAUCCCUUCGAAUCACUCCCGCCUCUCAGGCAAGCGUCCCAUAGCAGCCUUCCAGAAGCUUCGCAUUCCAAUGCCUCUACUCAAGCGACAUCUACUACUCCUCUCUUCGGUGCAAGGUCGAGAGGCAUGUUCCCCUUUCGACCGACGGCUCCUUACCCCCUCGCCCAGAGCACGUUGCCGCAAGAUAGUCCUUCCAGCAGGGGAUCGAGCACGACUGAUGGAGAAUCUGCAUCUGCCAAGAAGGGCGUUGAGAAGGAUUCGGGUAUGGGCAGGGGGGGUAUUGGCGGAGGCGGAGGCGAGAGGAAGUUUUUCCAACCAACAGCGAGAGAUGGUCACGUCCCGCCUAUCAUUCAACGCAAGGCACCACCCGAACGAGAACCUGAACCUCAUCAUGGAUUCAAGCCUUCCCCAGCUCGUCAGCCUUCGUAUCAUGCAGCGCCUAUCGCACCCUCUCCGGUUCGACAACCUGCUAGUCAUGUCCCGCCUGCUUCACGAUCGUCCCAUUCUGUCGCUCAACCUGCCCCCAAAGGCCAUUCCCGAGGCUGGGGCGAUCCCCCCUUCAAGUACCAGCAACCGAGUGUAGAAGACGUUCCCGACCGAGAGGGUGGUCAAGGCUCGCAAGACACCCAUCGCCCUCCCUCUCAUACCACUCGACCGAACUUUGAGUAUGAGCCAAUGGACACCGGCGAGUCUCAUCAGUAUGCUCGAGAAGGAGACGACAGUGGAAGCGAUCCGUCUUCUACCGAUACUGCUGUACAAGACGGCGCAUCCACCGCUGCCCAUCGAGUAUCUCAUCUCUCCACCGACGACUAUCGCUCCCCGCAACCCAAAGCUUCAUCUCACAAACUCGAUUCGCCCUCGUCCGUCCUCUACCUCGACCCCGAGGCGCAAGACGGCACGCCUCGUCAACAAAUGCAACAGCCCUCGACGCUUGCGCACUCUGUCAGGCAAGGCCAGCAUAGCAUGCAAUUCCAGCCGUCUCCCCCGCAGGCAAGAGGCGUGCGGCAGCCAGAGUCGUCACCUUCGCACCCCAUGAACGAUGCUCAGCCGCCUCAAAAGAUACGCUUGCAGCAGCAGGAGGCGCCUAAGACGGUAGAAAGGGCAGAGCCAGUGCACGGUCACGACAAAGACGUCGCUGCGGGGAGAGGAGAGAGGGAUCAAGCUGGAAGCUCGGAGCAGGUGCUGCUGAGUUUGUUGCAGACCAAGAACGGCGAGAUCGAUGGUCUCCGAGGCGAUAUUCGCAACUACCAGAAGCUUCUUCAACAGAAAGAGUCAAGCCACGAUGACCUCAUCAGCCAACAUCAGCGCCUCGUCGAGUCAUACGCCAAAGACGAGGAGACUUGGAAGACCAGCAUGGGGAGUGCUAAGCGCUGGAAAGAUAGUGUGAAGCAGAAAGAGUAUGUCAAAUCUCAAGCGAUGCAAGCCCUUCAAGAGAGCUACGCCGAGCAAAGCAGUUCUUAUCAACAAUCGCUGGGAGAGUUGUCUCGAGAGCUUGGCGCGUUCAAGUCUACGACUUUAGAAGAGACUCAACAGCAGUUAUCCGGCCAUGCCUCCACCAUCGGCAACAUACGCGAAGCUCUCAACCAAGUCAAGCAGAGUCUUACUUCUCACGACAUUGCUGUUGAUGAGCUGCAGAAUGUGAAAGCAACCAAAGAAGGCCUCGAGAAAGCGUUGAACGAGCAGCGUAUAGAGCUCGAUGAUGCGAGGGCGAAACACUCAAAUAUGGAGCUCAAACUUCGAGAGUACGAAGAGACUGUCGGGCCAGACAUCAAGUCGGUCUUGAGCAACCUCGAGUCCAUGAAAGCCCACUCGAUACACGAAUCGGCGGCCCUGCAAGAUACUCUUCGCUCCUUACACAAACAAAGCGACAAGUUGAGUCAGAAAGAGAAGGACUAUAUCAUGCUUCAAGCCGACUAUCGCUCUCUCCAGUCAUCCAAAAAAUCAGUCGAUGAGCAGAUAUCUAAAGUCGAAUCCUUCCUGAGCAAUCGUGGAUGCGCCAAAAGCGGAUUAGUGUGCAUGAUAGAAGAGCUGGAAAAGACACAUGCUUCCGACAUUGCUGAAUGUGCGAAGGAGGUCGAAGAGAAAGAGAAGCAGGCAGCGGAGUUACAAUCAACGCUCGAGAAAGUUCAGAAAGAGCUCGAGGCGGCGCAAGCUCGUACGUCGGAACUGCAAGAUAGCUCAGAACUGCAAGACAACAUCAACAAAUCCCUCACCGACUCGAAUGCUGAGCUCGAAGAUCAAGUCGCAUCAUUGCAGGAAGCUGCGAAAGUACAGGGAGAGAAGGAACGGGCGUUGAAGCAGGAAGUAGAGGAGCUUGGGGAUGCGAAGCAGGCUUUGACGGAUCGUUCAACGGCACUCGCACAAAAGGUUCAAGAGGCAGAGUUGCGUUUGCAAGCCGCGCAGACGUCUCUCAAGGACAGUAAGAAGUCCGAAAAGCAUCUCGAGGCCCAAGUCUGUACGCUCUCAAAGCAGCUCGAAGCACACCUCAAACAGCAGAGCGAUACAAGUCACGUCCAUGACCUUCUCGGAGAGCUUCAAACUCGAAUGGAACAGCUCAAGAGCGAACAGGAUGACGCCGUCGAGCUGCAGCGCGCCAACACCCAGAUACUGCAAAAAGACCACGCUAUCUCGUCCAUCCAAAGCUCUCUCGACAAUGCUCAUCGAACCAUCGACGAACUGAACGACGAGAUCCGCAAGCUGAGGGCCGGGUUCGAACAAGUGUCUAGCGAGAAUGCGCGAAUCAGAAAAGAGGUUGAUGAACAGGCUGAGGGGGGGAUAGAUUUGAUCGAGAGAUGGGAGAGGGAUCAGCUUUCGGCGGAUGAGGUUGUCAUGGUUCAGCGAGUCACUCAACAGAUCAAACGAGGCGAACAAGCUUUCUACCGACAAGAGCUCGACGAGAAAGCGAAUGUUACGAAGAAGCUCGAAGCGCGCUGCAAGAAGCUCGAAUCGCAGAUAUCAUCGCUUUCACAUGUCAAAAUGUCCAACAGCAUGGCGGCGUCCGUGGCCCCUCUGGCCAUCACCGAAGCUGUUGCGGUACUCUCGCCUUACACGAGCUCGUCGACGAGUACUGUACAUGCAGGCAAGACUAUCUCUCCACACUCGCCUACCAAGCACGCCGAAGACUCGAAGGCGUCCUUCUACUCUCCCCUCGGCACCAAGUCAUCGACCGCUUUCCUUUCCGAACCGCCCUCAAACUCGACUAUUGGAAGAAAAAGAAGACUGAUGGAUGCUGAUGUUGACAGCGCGGAAGACAUUUCUAUUAUGGGGAACGGUCCGGUCAACGACGAGAUGGAUGCGAGCGUGAAUGAGGCUACUUUCAACAUUCCCCCAUCGACGCAGGCGCAUUCGAGCACGCAGUCUGUCACUAAACCCCAGAAGAAGACUCGGUUUGCUGAUAUCCUCCACUCAUCUACACCACCCGACUCUUUGCCCGAGGACAUGGAUGACCCCAUCGAGCCCGCCACUUCGCAGCCCCAGCCCCAGCCCCAGCCCCAGUCCCAGGCCAAGCAGCGCGAUGGACUUCCGCCUCCUUCUCAGAUGCCCAAGACGUACAAGAAGAGCAAGACAGGGAGUAAGAGCAAGGUGGACAGUGGGGUUCAAGGAGGAGGAGCGAGCAGUGGGGGAGGUGACACGAGAAAGUUGAGGGGGGGAAGGAAAUCUCUUUAG